GGAAGUCAGCGAGUUCCCGGGUGUGUGUCUCGGUCUGUCUCUGUCCCGCGGCGGCGCGCGGCCCCGGAUAAGCGCUGGGGAUUCCCGUCUGAGGCGUCUCACUGUCACUGCCAUCACCCCACGGAGCCAUUUCUAGAGGGGAGUAGACCCGGCCCUUCGCCGGGCAGAGAAGAUGUUGCCCCUGUCCAUCAAGGACGAUGAAUACAAACCACCCAAGUUCAAUCUGUUCGGCAAGAUCUCGGGCUGGUUUAGGUCUAUCCUGUCGGACAAGACGUCGCGGAACCUGUUUUUCUUCCUGUGCCUGAACCUAUCUUUCGCUUUUGUGGAACUGCUGUACGGCAUCUGGAGCAACUGCUUAGGCUUGAUUUCCGACUCUUUUCACAUGUUUUUCGAUAGCACUGCCAUUUUAGCUGGAUUAGCAGCUUCUGUUAUUUCAAAAUGGAGAGAUAAUGAUGCAUUCUCUUACGGGUAUGUUAGAGCGGAAGUUCUGGCUGGCUUUGUCAAUGGCCUGUUUUUGAUCUUCACUGCUUUUUUUAUUUUCUCAGAAGGAGUUGAGAGAGCAUUAGCACCUCCAGAUGUACACCACGAGAGACUGCUACUUGUUUCAAUUCUUGGGUUUGUGGUAAACCUGAUAGGAAUAUUUGUUUUCAAGCAUGGAGGUCAUGGACAUUCUCAUGGCUCUGGCCAUGGACAUAGUCAUUCCCUCUUUAACGGUGCUCUAGAUUUGGCACACGGCCAUGGAGAUCAUUGCCAUGGUCAUGAUGUGAAACAUGGUACUUCACACGGCCACGAUCAUGGUCAUGGACAUGGACACUUUCAUUCUCAUGAUGGUCCCUCCUUAAAAGAAACAACUGGACCCAGCAGACAGAUUUUACAAGGUGUAUUUUUGCACAUUCUAGCAGAUACACUUGGGAGUGUUGGUGUAAUUGCCUCUGCCAUCAUGAUGCAGAAUUUUGGUCUUAUGAUAGCAGAUCCUAUCUGUUCAAUACUUAUAGCCAUGCUUAUAGUUAUAAGUGUUAUUCCUCUUCUAAGAGAGUCUGUUGGAAUAUUAAUGCAAAGAACUCCUCCUCUGUUGGAAAAUACUCUUCCUCAGUGCUAUCAGAGGGUACAGCAGUUACAAGGAGUUUACAGUUUACAAGAACAGCACUUCUGGACCUUAUGUUCUGACGUCUAUGUUGGGACCUUGAAAUUAGUAGUGGCACCUGAUGCUGAUGCCAGGUGGAUUUUAAGCCAAACACACAAUAUUUUUACUCAGGCUGGAGUGAGACAGCUUUAUGUACAGAUUGACUUUGCGGCCAUGUAGUAAAUGAAAAUUAUGCUUUUGUGGACCAAACUUUUCUGGUACUGUACAAUCCAAAACAUUGUACCCAGCAUUUUAAAACAGAAAAAUCAUCACUACAACUCCCCAGCACCAAAUAGACCAGGUGGAGUCAGCUGUGUGCUCUGUGGGGAGUUCAGAGCUAAGAGAUCAGAAUUAAGAGGAUGUUUCCUGGACUUUUGGUCUUGUCUUUUAUGUUCUUUCCUCCACACCAUUUUGAUUUCUGAGGUUUCUGAUUUUGUUCCAGGGUGUUGGUUUGUCUUUUUUUUUUCAUACAGAAUGCCCUCACCUCUAUUACCUCUAUCUUAGCCAGUAGGAAAUGCAGAUUGUGGGCCUCCAGUCAUCUGGAAUGUCUUCACUGAAGCUCCUGGAAACCACUGCUUUCAUUCCCACAAAACCAGUGUUAUAAAAAAAGAACAAAACAAAAAACAAACAAACAAACAAACAAAAAACAAAGAAAGAAAUGGAAAUCUGUUUUAUAUGUAACGUCAUAAUUAUUGACGUUCUCCAGAAUAUAAUCAUAUGUUUGUAUAAUUGUUUGUACCUCGCAAACUUACAAAGCAAACCAUAUUGGAUUUUCAAAGUGCCUUUGUAUCAGAAAAUGUAUUUGCCAGCAUAGAAACGUACCAUCAAAGGUCAUGUAAAUGUUUUCUGUUUUUUUAAAUGGAUAUUCUGUAAUCUGCACAAAAUAAGAUUCUUGCUAGUAAUGUAUACAAAUUGUCUUUUUGUGUACUUUCAGCAUAAGUUUAUAUAUAUGUAUGUGUGUAUGUAAAUAUAUAUAUACACACACACACACACAUACACAUAGGAGAAAAUUCUUUUAUCCCAUCAAAAAAUAAAAGGUGUUAUUUUACUUUUUAAAACAAAUUCAAGUAUAACAAUUACUUCCUCUAUGGACUGUGCUUUUAAAAUUUUGCAAGUUUAUCUAUUAUUCCAAAAAUUGUUUUGAUUUAAAACAUCUGCCAAAGUCCAAAUUUCCAUAAAUGUUUCUGUGUCUAUGAUAAACUUUCCUGUUUCUCUCUUUGCUGUUUUUACAGAUUUUAUUAAUGAAAGGAAAAGGCAAUGUAGCCUGAAAGUAGAAAUGGUUGUGAUAGUGUUAUUUUGCUUUUUCAUUCUUCAAAUGCCAAGUCAUACUGUUUGUUUUCCUGUUUACACUUUGCACAAACAGUUGUUUUCAGAAAUCCUAAAACAGCAUUUUAUUCAGUUUACACUAUUGAAGUUAUGGAGCAAAUGUGAUAUACACCUCUUCCUAACACAGGUACCUUAGAAGUAAAUAAUAAAUUAGUUUACUUUCUAGGUUCUUGCGUAUUUGAAAAAUAAAAUUUCAAUUUGAGAUGCCAAAUGCUUGAAUACUCAAGUAUUCUGAUUUAUGAAGACAUAGUGAUUGGGAUAAACAUUUUCCCAUUGUACUUAAUUUUAUCACAAUGUAUAUUCAUUCCCUUUUAACUUUAAAAAAAAAUGUAAAUUGGUAGGAAAGAAACUUGCAGCAUACAAAUAAUCAUUGAGAAUGUAGAUCGACAAUAAAGAACUUUUGCCAGGCACUGUGGCAGGUGCUCGUAAUCCCAGCUACUCAGGAUGCUGAAGCAGGAGGAUCAGGAGUUGCCAAAGCUAGCUGGGCAACAUGAACACAGUGAGACCCUAUCUCUGUAAAACAGAAUGGUAAGAAAUAGAAGCACUUUUUCAGUGAAGUUGCAGAAAUCCCUUGAUUUUGUCAGUGUUUCAGAGUGUCUCCCCCUACCCGCCUCUUUUGGGAAUUUUAUUGGGUUAUCAGGAAAAAGUCAUGCAUCAUGACUUUCCUGACAGCCUAAUAAUUUAUGAACUAUUCUGUAUUGGGAAAACUAGACCACUUCAUGCUUUUCUAAACUGUUGCAGAUUGCCAUGAACUAUCAAUAGUAUCCUUUUGCAGAUAAAGAUUGUUAAAACAUGUUUGCUUAUUGCCAGGCAGUGGAAUGUUUAACUAAAACAAUUUUUGAGGUCUUCUAGGAGGGAAGGUACGAAAGGAAAUGUCCAGAUAACGAUAUAUUUGUGGUUGUUGUUAAAGGCGUCAUUUGGAAGUUUGCAAUUACUGCCAAAUCUGAUAAAACUCUGAGUGUGUGGGUUUGGGCAUAUUAUAGAAAAUGACAGUUCUGGAUGACAGCAGACUUUGGAUAUAUGCCUUUAAAAACUAUGUGCAACUGUACUGACACUUCACGUACGGAGAUAAUUGCACUGCUCUAUAAACUUGAAUUAGCAUGUUUUGAAGAUCCAAUUCUGCCUUUUCUGCCUUUUACUGAGCCCUCUAUGUGAAGUUUUCGUCAGAUUCAACCAUCUUAUUUAACUGUUUUCUCAAUACAUAAAUGUAGAAACAUGUUUUCUUUUUUUUUUCUUUGAGAAGGCAUAGUGCAUAUAGAACGUUGACUGAUGCAAAACUCUGAUUUGGCACUUGUAAGAGAUUGCCAUCUCUUAUUUUUUAGUAGGUUGGCAUUAACUUAUUAUUUUUUUUGAAGAGGUUUUUGCCUUGGGGCAUGUGCGCUCACCGGAGAGAGACAGAGACAGUGACAGUGACAGGAAAAGUGAGAAAU